CGUUACCGUCGAUCGUCGAGCUAAGCGGCAUUGGCAUUCUGACCUGGUAAGUCGCCAGUGUCGGGUCCGUGAGAUAUUACCGGAGUGUGUUGUGAGUGAACGACGGAAGCACGCUUUUGCAUCCGUCAGGACAUUUAAACAACCAUAAAGAUUACGGGCUACGACAAGUUAUAAAAACGUCUCAGGGAGUCCAACGCAAUCCUCCUUUUCGUUACGACGUGAAUCUUCUCGUUUCUCGCGGUUGCCUCUUUUUUUUUUUAGAUUUUCUUUUAAAUCUCUCAUACGUGAUACAGGCACGUGCCGUUUCUCGAGCGUACACAUCGUAUAACACGUACACGCGUUCGAGAACGCGUAAAAAGAAGAAUAUAGAGCAGAAUUUUUUUGCGAUAAUCGUCGAGAAACUCGCAACACCCACGCUUUAUUUAUUUAUUUCUUCGAUAGAGAAAGAAAGAGAGAAAGAGAGAGAGAGAGAGAGAGACAAACAGAGACAGAGAAAGAAAGAAAGAAAAAGAAAGAGCGUGUAAGUGCGAGGAAGAAACAGAGGACGACGUUCGAGGAAAAGAUCAACGCCCGAGGAUACGACAAGAGGUUAUAUAUACAGUACGUACAUACAUCUUUCUCUCUAUAGAGAAACAUCGUUCGACGACAAGAGGUGUAACCGAGAAGAGAAGAAAGAGAUUUUCUACUUACGAAAGAAAAGAAAAAAAGAAGAAAAGAAAAGGACGGAUAUACAUAUCUCUGAACGUCCUCUUGUUUCUCAUUUAUUUUCUUGAAUUUUUUUUUGUUCUCUCUCUCUCAUAUAUAUAUAUAUAUAUAUAUAUAUAUACACACAUCAUAUAUAUAUUAUAUGUAUAUACACUUCUCUCUAUUCGUUUACUCUUUAUGGCAAAUGAUCUUCCUCGUGCAUCAUUUUCAUCAUUCAUCAUCGAUCUCUCGUUAAACUGUAAUACCAAUUGAAAAUAAAAACGCGAGAGUACUCGAGUGUUCUGCAUAUCCGUUUCGAAGUUGUUUACCAAAGACCCAAAGCACAUCUAUAUUUUCCUUCUCUUCUUUAACACAUACGCAUAUUCACACUUUUAUAUGUAUGUAUAUAUAUGUACAUAUAUAUAUAUAUAAAUACGUAUAUAUGCCUUGUUCUUCCUCUUUUUUCUCAGUUUUUUUUUCUCUCUCUUCUGCUUCGUUCCUGUGUGUUAUAUAGUGAUCAGUGCUAAGUGCCGUUUAACCGGGAAAGAAAGACAAAAAAUCUCGGCGUACGAGAAAUAGAUAAAUACAUAGAAAGAAAGACUGAAGUCUCAAAAUAAUACUCUCUUCGGUCGAACUUUAUAUAUAUAUAUAUGUAUUUUUUUUUUAUUUGUAUUGCUUCCUACAAGAAGAUCGUUUAAGUAGUAUACGUGCAAAAAGGGACAAAGUGAAGAGAAAAAGAAGGACGAGAGAAAUACAUAAUACGUGAAAUUCUUCUCUUUGUGAUCACAGAGAGAGAAAGAGAAUAGAAUUAUAAAUACAUACAUAUCAUACGUAAUACCAAGUUGUAUAAAGAGAGAGAAAGAGAGAGAGUGAAAAAGGAAGAUAGAAAAUUAUUUUUGAGGUUAGAAUAAAUCAUGGAUCUACUUUGUUGCGAACGAACGAGCGAGACAGAGUGCAGGGCGUAUGCUGAUCCGGCUUUGAUCGAGAACGAUCGAGUAUUACAAAAUCUUUUGAAAACAGAAGAGAGAUAUGCUCCAAAUAGUUCUUACUUCGAGUGCGUUCAGAGGGACAUCUCGCCGCUCAUGCGCAAGAUCGUCGCCGAGUGGAUGUUAGAGGUAUGCGAAGAGCAAAAAUGCCAAGAAGAGGUCUUCCCCCUAUCGAUGAACUACGUCGACAGGUUCCUCUCGAUCUGCCCGAUCAGGAAAUCGCAGCUGCAACUAUUGGGAACGACCUGUUUACUCCUCGCAUCGAAAUUACGAGAAGCAUCUCCGUUAACAGCCGAGGUCCUUGUUUUCUAUACGGAUAACUCCGUUACUCUUGAUGAUCUCUGGGUAAGUGAA